GUUGGAUUCGGAGUCGAAACCCAAAGCCUGCCGAACACCGCCGAAAGAUCUUUCGCCGUUGGAUUCGGAGUCGAAACCCCACCAGACGAAACUUCAACACAAUGACACACUUCAGGCGUCAAUUAUGUCACACUCUAAUACUCUUCUACUUGAAUCUAUGGGGGCUCCAGUCUUGUGCUGAAUUGGCCACAGCCCAAGGGGCUCCAAUUGACAGCCUGUAUGAUAAUCUGCUGCAACGUGAAUAUGCCGGUCCCAUAGUCUUUCCCAAUCACCAGGUGGAGCGCAAGGCUCAGCGAUCUCCGUCGUUGCGUUUGCGUUUCGGUCGCAGCGAUCCUGAUAUGUUGAAUAGCAUUGUGGAAAAGCGUUGGUUCGGCGAUGUCAAUCAAAAGCCCAUACGCUCGCCUUCAUUGCGGCUUCGCUUUGGGCGACGCAGUGAUCCCAACUUACCCCAAAUGCGACGUACGGCCUACGAUGAUAUUUUGGAACGGCAGCUGACUCUGAACAGCCAACAGCAGGAGAAUAAUGCGCAGCAGCAGCUCUUGGAGGAAGAUACGGACUCAAAUCUACUGGACUAUGAUGCGGGCUUUGAGCGCGAGGUACGCAAGCCUCAGCGUUUGCGAUGGGGACGCAGUGUGCCACAAUAUGAACCCAGCGUUCAGUCCUCGAACAAUGAACAGCUAUACAAUUCGCUUCUGAACUCGGAAAAAUUACGCCACAUGCUGCUGGCACUGCAACAAUACGAAGAAUCCGCUCCAUAUGCCACUGACGAUAACGAUUCAGCCGAGUUUCAGCGCGAGGCACGCAAGCCUAUGCGUUUGCGUUGGGGUCGUAGCACAGGCAAGGCACCCAGCGAGCAAAAGACGGCCCCAGCUACUGAAGCUCCGAAAACACAAAACUAAAUUGCAACCAUGAGGCCAAGCAGAUCGGAUAAGAGUAGACGACUAGGACGACAAUGGCAGCAACAAAAACUACGGAAUUAAAAGCGAUUUGUAAACUAGGAAAAUUAUAUUUCAAAACAACACUGAAUUGAGCGGCAGGUUUUUGAACAAUUUAUGAGAUAGGCGCAGGCAGAGCAGAAAUAUAUAACCUAUAUACACACAAAAAUAUAUGAAUAGCAGCUAACUACAUACAAAUGGAUAAAUAACAUUUAUUUUCGCAAUCUCAAGCAUAAACUUUAACAAUGCGCAUUGGAGUGAAAGUGAAAAAGAAAAUGUUUGUAGAAAUCUAUAUGUUCUUUGGAAAACUGAAAACAGCUUAGCUUAAAUAUAUUUUAGAGUGUUUAUUUUUAGUUUGUUGCUUGUUUAAACCUUUAGAAAUAUUGUGUUGUAAGAACAUCAGAAGGAAGUCCCCUCUUUUCCCAAGCUAUUUUCCGUACACAUUAAAUGUUUGUAUAUAAAAUCGCAUGCAACAUUUUUUAAAAGUAGCGCAAAGUUGUUUGAAAAAACUAACAAAAAACAAAAGAUAUAAAAACCUUACAUAAAUGAAAUUUUAAUUAUUUAAGUAAAUUCUAUAAAGUUAUGCGAAAAAUGUUUGAAAAACAUUAAAAGGCCCCCGAAAGGAGUAUUAUUGCAACAAUUGUUAUAUUCUGUGUGCUAAAAGUUAUACAUACAUAUAUAUUCUAUAUAAUUAUUAAAUUCAAAGUCGCAAAGGAAUAAACCUAAUAAAUAUUUGUCUAUUAUAAAUAUAUAUAAAACUUUUAUUGAGCUACACUAUAUUUUAAACAGAAAGUCAAAAACAUAAUAUGAAAAGCUGCAUUAAAUAUCGUACCACAAAACUGAACAACAUGCUGACAGAUGACAAACUAUACUCAUACUAUAUGUUUGAUGUAAAGACGUAUUGUAUACCUAAUUUACACCAUCAUUGAAAUUGCUGCGAAUUUCAAUUUUAAGAAGAUAUAUGUAUGUAAUUCUCCAAUUAUAUUUACCAUAUGAAUGUACCGUACGAAACUAUAGUUUCGGAGCACACACACAUAAAAGAAGACAUCCCGAAUGAUAUCAAAAGGUACACAUACACUAUAUACGAGUAUACAUACCUAUAUAUAAAAAGAUAUACUAUACAUAUGAAUAAAUAUCAUAAAUGUA